AAACCCUCUUCAGUUUUGCUUUCUCUUCUCCUUCCUUCCCUCAUUAGACGCUCUGUGUUCCUGCCUUCCUUCAUCAGAGUCUCCGUGUUCCUGCAAAAUCUGAAGAAUUAGAAAUGGUCAGAAGCAUCAAGAACCCUAAGAAAGCCAAAAGAAAGGCCAAGGGCUCAAAGAAAGGAGAUGGGUCUUCUUCCUCUUCGGGACCGUCGAUGCCGGCGAAGGUAUGGCAACCGGGAGUGGACAAGUUGGAGGAGGGCGAAGAGCUCCAGUGUGACCCAUCAGCUUACAAUUCUCUCCAUGCCUUCCAUAUUGGUUGGCCUUGUUUAAGCUUUGAUAUUGUACGGGAUACGUUGGGGUUGGUUCGGACAGAGUUCCCCCAUAGUGUGUAUUUCGUUGCUGGGACUCAGGCAGAGAAAGCUGCUUGGAACUCUCUUGGAAUAUUUAAAGUAUCUAACAUUUCUGGGAAAAAGCGCGAGCCAGUGCCAGCCAAAGCUGCAGAUGAUGACUCUAAUAUGGAUAGUGAGGACAGUGAUAGUGACGAUGAUAGCGAGGAUGAGGAGUCAAGUGGAUCUGGCGCACCUGUUUUGCAGUUGCGCAAGGUAGCUCAUGAAGGAUGUGUGAAUCGUAUACGCGCCAUGACACAAAAUCCACAUAUAUUUGCAUCUUGGGCAGACACUGGUCAUGUGCAGGUUUGGGACUUCAGUUCUCAUUUAAAUGCCUUAGCCGAGUCAGAGACCGAAGCUAGCCAGGGAGCUUCUUCAGUAUUUAACCAGGCUCCAUUGGUUAAAUUUGGGCAUAAGGAUGAAGGGUUUGCUCUAGACUGGAGUCCCCUUGUACCUGGAAGGCUUCUAUCUGGGGACUGCAAGAAUUGUAUACAUUUGUGGGAACCUACAUCUGGUUCAACAUGGAAUGUUGAUACUACCCCAUAUAUUGGACAUAUUGCAAGUGUGGAGGAUUUACAAUGGAGUCCUACGGAACCUGAUGUCUUUGCCUCUUGUUCUGUCGAUGGGAAUAUAGCAAUAUGGGAUAUACGCAUGGGGAAGGCACCAGCAACUUCUUUUAAGGCGCAUAAUGCUGAUGUGAAUGUUAUGUCUUGGAAUAGGCUGGCUAGUUGUAUGCUGGCAUCUGGAAGUGAUGAUGGCACCUUUUCCAUUCGUGAUCUUAGAUUGCUGAAGGAAGGAGAUUCUGUAGUGGCACAUUUUGAAUACCAUAAACACCCUAUCACCUCCAUCGAGUGGAGUCCACAUGAAGCAUCCACUUUGGCUGUGACAUCUUCUGACAAUCAGCUGACAAUAUGGGAUCUUUCUUUAGAAAAUGAUGAGGAGGAAGAGGCAGAAUUCAAAGCGAAGACAAAAGAGGAAGUGAAUGCUCCAAAAGAUUUACCUCCACAGCUUUUAUUUGUUCAUCAGGGACAAAAGGACUUGAAAGAACUUCAUUGGCACACACAGAUUCCUGGCAUGCUCGUUUCAACUGCGGCAGAUGGUUAUAAUAUUCUGAUGCCUUCAAACAUACAGACUACCCUUCCCUCUGAACUCUGAUGGUGCUUGAAAGUCCAAGUUUAACAGUUUGUUUCGUAUGCCGGAGAGUAGAUAUAUAUCAGAUCAUAUUCCAAUGGCGGAUGGCUUAUGUGUUGAAGCAAUUACAAGUUUGAAGAGACAUUGUUUUCGCUUGUUUUUGUUUUGUUUUUUCCUUCCCCGUUUUGGGGUCUGGUAUGGUGUUUCGAGUAACCUCUACAAUUUUGGAUGUCCUUUUCAAUAUUUUAUCAGAUGAGUUAAGUUUCUAAAGUG